UUUACCAAUAAAUUUACAUUUAAACCAACGUUUAAUUCAUUGGCUAUCCGUGCUAUAUAAAAUUAAAAAAAACCGUGCACGCAUUUAAGAGAAAUGAGCAGUGAAAAGGAGAUACUAGAACGAACCCAACCCCUGCAAUUUGAUCGAUCAGCUAGUAUGGCGCUAUAUCCUAUAGUCGUCAUUUAUAGGUAUAUGUAUAUUCUUUUUAAAGUAUCCAAUGUUUUCUUUCGGGUGUUUCAAACCUCGUGCAAACUCAUUAUCCCCCGUUCAGUGUGGAAAAGUCAAAAAUAGUUACUCAUAAACGGUGAUUGAACCACGCUAGGUGUGCGGCUAUUAACUUGAAAUCGUUUGUAAACAAUGACUACCAUAGUAAUCGAAAACCCUUCCAAAUACUAGCAACCAUGACGUCAGCGGAGCAGUUUAUAUUGGCCAAUUCACUAAGAACGAAAAGCGGAAUCUCAGUUUAUAACAGACUUGCACACAAGAAGUUCUUUAAAUAAUUACCGCUUAUCAUCUAUUGAAUUUAUGUAGGUUCAUAAUGAAUAAUGUAGGUAAUCAUCUAUCAGACGCCAAGUACCAAGGAUCAGGGGGCGCGCACCAGAGAUAAAGAGAUCCUCAACUCUCCUGUCACUGGAAAUGUGAGAGCCGCUCACCUACCGAACUUUGAAAGUUGACUGGAUUGGUUAAUUAUAGCGGUUUAUUUCCGGCAUCCCGCCUUUUCUUAUAUCAGCUGUUCGAAAUUCCCUGAUCUCCAUCACUGUCAAAUAAUCAGGGAACGCGUUUGAGUGAAAAAUGAGAGCCAAUACGAGAGGCUCGUAUCAUAUUAUCCAUGAAAGAGAUGUCUCUGGUGGUUAAUGUGCCCGCGGCUACUUGCCGUCUUACUUUACUUCAGCUUGCCACUGCCGCCUUAUUACGGAAAUGGCAUGGAUGACCUUGAUGACAGUUCUGCACAAACCAGAGAUUUCUGGUACAUAAAUUAUUUGUGUAUCAUUAAAAAGUGGGAGAGUUUGCCAGAGAAAGCCUAAUGGACAAAAAUUUGUGAGUUUAGUCAUUUGUUUCAACGCACAAUGUCAAUGCCAACGAGUAAUAUAAAUAAGGGCGGAGAUGUACCACCGGGAUUUGGAGCUGGAUAUCCAUCAGGAGGAAAUGGUCCUAACAUGCCUGAAGCCGAAGGGUAUCAACCGCCAGCACCGGGAGCAUAUGGUUUUGUGCCAGGACAGCCGCAAAGUGGUUAUACGCCCGUACCUCAAAUGCCUCCCUACGGUGAGGCUCCACCGAAUUACGGUGGUCAACCAUCCCCAGAUGGUGGACAACAGCCACCUUAUGGUGGCGGCUUGCCCCAACCACAGCCGCAGUUGAAUGGCGGUGAAGGCUUUCAACCAGGACCAGGGUAUGGGCCACAAGGUCCAAUAGUUACGCAACCAGGAAUGCCACCACCAGCGCAACCAAAGGGGCCACCUGGACAACCAAUGGGACCAGCAGGCGACUGGAUGAGUAUACCCGCCGGAAUACCGAAUUGUCCACGCGGCUUGGAGUACCUUACGAUGGUCGACCAGCUUUUGGUUAAACAAAAAUGCGAAUUUUUUGAAACUUUCUCAGACUUCGAAACAAAAAAUAAAUUCUCCAUAAAAAAUGCGCUCGGCCAAAAAGUCUAUUACGCUGUAGAGGACAGCGAUUGCUGCACGCGUAAUAUGUGUGGCUCCGCACGUCCUUUUGAUAUGAAAGUUUUCGAUAAUUUCCGUAAUGAAGUCAUCCAUAUGUAUCGCCCAUUAGCCUGUUCGCAAUGUUGUUUUCCCGGUUGCCUACAAACAAUGGAAGUAUCCGCACCGCCGGGCAAUGUAAUUGGCACCAUCGAGCAAGAAUGGUCCAUCUGUUCGCCAUCAUUUCGCAUAAAAAAUCAUAUUGGCGAUACCGUGUUACGCAUCGAAGGACCCUUUUGCGUGUGCGGUAUGGCAGAAUUUAAGGUGGUUUCUUUAAAGGGUGAGCCUUUAGGGAAGAUCUCAAAACAAUGGUCUGGUUUCGUGCGCGAAUUUUUCACCGAUGCAGAUAUCUUUGGUAUUACCUUUCCGAUGGACUUGGAUGUGCGCAUGAAGGCUGUGCUUUUGGGUGCCACUUUCCUUAUUGAUGCGAUGUUCUUUGAAGAAGCAGGAAGUAAUUAAGGCAUGUUCUGAACGAUACGACUUUAAAAAAUAAAAAAUGAAAAAGUUUAUAACAAUCAAACCAUA